AUGUCGGGGAACCAUUCUAAUACCACCACGACGGAUACAGAGACAAACUCGGAAACGAGGCCGAUAUUGCACCUCCGGAACAACAAGAAAGACAAGAAGGAAAAACCCAAGGUCAGAUGGACCAACGAUGUAGUGGACAACGAGAAUAUGGACAAGAAGAAGUCGAAAAUAUGCUGUAUAUUCCACCCACAACGAGAGUUUGGGGAGCUGUCAUCGGAGUCGAGUGACUCGUCGAGCGACGAGUCUGACCAGUCGGACGAUGGGGCAGGAGAAGGAGAGUCUAAUGCAUCGAAUGGAACACCUGGACAUGAUGCAUGCUGCGGAAACCACAAGAGGAAGCAGGGAAAACUCAAGAAGUCGACUCCCAAUGCUUAUGAGAAGCAGCCGACACAUAAGAACAAGUAG